AUUUUUAUUUUUUUAGUAUGCACCACUGGCACAAGCACCGUAAAAAUCAGCCUGAACUAGGAAGUUUCUAACAAGCUAGACUUUUAAGGCUUCAUUCCACUUCAAAUAAAGGAGACAAGCAGACGACACAUGAGCUUUACUACAGCAUUCCAAGCUAGCGAAUCGACAGGGCCUACGCAGCCUCCAGAGGGUUCCUUCUCCAAGCAGGACGUCCUCUCCUUGGCACGACCCCAAGGGAGAGGCGCUGAGCGACCCGCCGGCCGCGGGAGGCCGCGUGUAACUCGAGAGGGGCACUCAGGGCGACCUUCCCCAGUACGUGGUAGGAGCAGAAAGCGGCAGCGAGCGUCACACACCGUGUCACACACUGCAGCCUCCCGAGCUCCUCCGUGCCACCGCUUCCCACGGGUGCUGCAGCCAAAAACAAGCCCGCACCCCCAAAUGGCAUCCACAGGAACCAAGAGCAGAGGCUGCCGAACUGCGAGCAGACUUUAACUGGCACAGCCCGACCCCUCCUAGGAGCAAGGGGACGGCGGAGAUGGAAACACGGGGAUUUCCACCAAGAUAGGGGAUGGGGGUGCUGAAAAGGAAGGGAAAAGGAAACACGCAGGGAAGACUUGCCACAAGCAAGAAGAGCGGCUGCAGGGGCCGCAGAGCAAAGCUGCCCCUCGUUUGCACAAACGCCUUUUCUCUUCCCGGUGAGCUCCCAAGUCCCUGCGCGUCGAGAGGCAAGGACCCCAGGCAAACAGCAGGACAGGGCACCUCUCCCUCUCGACCCUGCCUUGGAACCUCGCCACCUUCCUCACCGGCGACGUCACCACCGCGCGCAUCUCGCGCGCUCCGGACACACCCCCGGCCAAGGCCAGCCAAAACCCGGGAUCCCGAACCCCCAUUGGCGGAUCUGCCCCCGCCUGCCCGCGGCGGGACGGAGCCUCGCCGAGCGCCCGGGGCUGCCAUGGGCGAGGAGGCGGCUCAGCCCCGGCGGCCUGGGGUCGGCGUGGGGGUGGUGGUCACUAGCGCCGCGCACCCCGGCUGCGUCCUCCUGGGCAAGCGGAAAGGCGCGCUGGGCGCCGGCACCUACCAGCUCCCCGGAGGCCACCUGGAGUUCGGGGAGAGCCUGGCGGAGUGCGCGGCGCGGGAGACGCUGGAGGAGGCGGCGCUGCCGCUGCGCCACGUGCGCUUCGCGUCGGCCGUGAACGCGGUGUGCGCGUCCCAGCGCUACCACUAUGUCACCAUGCUCAUGAAGGGCGAGGCCGAGCCGGGCGCCGAGCCGCGCAACCAGGAGCCCGACAAGAACGAGGGCUGGGAAUGGGUCAAAUGGGAUGAAUUUCCUCCAGCAGAUCAGCUGUUCUGGGCCUUACGCUGUUUAAGAGAGCAAGGUUACAAUCCCUUUACAGAAGAGCUCGAUCAUCUAAAGGGGUACACGGGAAGUCACCAAUUAGAGUAAAAACAAAUUGUAUGUUUUGAAGGACAGACCUGCUUUUUUGGUGUAGAAGAAAAAAAAGAUAUGCUCAACCUGCCCAUGUGAAAAUACUAUCUUUCCCAAAGAAGAACAUGCCAACUGUUUCAGUGCUUUUCCCAUAUUUCACAUGACAGAUGUGUUUCAUUCCAGAUCCAUUUCUAGGUUUAGUAGUUAAUAAUUAACUUUUUCUUUCACAGAAAACUCAGUGAUUUAUCUAGUUAGUGUUUAUAUUGAUGACCAGCCAUUUGGAAAUCAGCACUAGCCAGGGAAACUUACUCACUUCAAAACAGUUGCAGCAAAACUUACUCAUUUAAACCUGCUUUCCUGUAAUUAUUGGACCAAUUUUAAAACUUAGCCUUGUCUCUUAGCUUCAGUUAGGAAGCUACUGUCAUGAACAAAAGUUACAUUUAAUAGACAAUGCCUUUUUUCCCUACAGACAGCAGUAUACCCUUGAAAAUCAAGAGUCUUAUAAAUACUCUUGAAAAGAUUAUCAUGAUUUAUUGGAGGGAAUGUAAAUUCCCUGACCUUCCUUGCCAGUUGUUUUCAUAACAGAGUUCUGUUUAGAGCCUCAGUUACAUUGAGUUUAUCUGCAGAAAUGUCUCAGAUCUCUGCAACUGAUCUGAAUUUGUUACUGUACUCUUGGAAUGGAGAGGUGCCUACUUUACUAGGCUGACACGAAUCUCAUUUUUAAGUGUAGCUCCAUGGCAAAAAUCAUAUUUAGUGGCUAAAAAGAGUUGUCAGUAUUAAACUGCAUACAUGGGUGCAGUUCUGUAUGGCUGAUCAUUGAGAUUUGGUAAAAUUGUGAAUUUUCAGUUUGACUGAUUAAAUGACUAAGUUGUUAGUGAAUUAAAUUACAGUACCCAACAGUACAUAUAAAACAAAGGAAUUAAUAGUUUUAAUUUUUCUAGAAUCUGUAACUAAUUUUGAUUCUUUUCCAGCUGUUGUCACUAAGACACCAGUGAUUAAUUUUAAGAUAUAACUUUUAAAUAAAUCACUAGCUGGCUCUUGUUUUUUUUUUUUUUUGCCAGGGUUCUUUUAUAGCACAUCUCUUGUCUAUUUCCUUUAGAUAUACUCAUUGUACAAAAAUCUAAGAUAUCUUUAAUUUCUUUUGAAUAAAAUACAGGCACAAUACUGAGAAAUUAAAAUUGCCUGAAAUUA